UUUUAAUUACAGAUAAAAUGGAACAAGAACAUUGUGCUGAAACUAGUCCUUUCUCGAGUUCGCAAAAACAAAAACUAAAAUAUUCUAUUAAAAUUGUAUAAAAUAGAAUCUGAGAAAAAGAAGUUUUUUUCCAAAGUGACAGUUUUUAGCUCGAUAGCUUAAUAAACAGUGAUGAUGUAAAUCUGAACCAAUACAAUUGUGACUUGUGGCAGUUUGUCAAUGAGAACCAAUGAGAAAUGAGAAGGUGGGAUUGAACCAAUAGGAGUGAAGGCAUGUGUAGCAAAUCAGCUGGCUCUCCAACUUCAAGCGGGAUGCAGGAGGAACUGCUUACAAGUACAUUUGGAAGUCAUGAAUCUGUGUGUAAGGCUGACCCUCCAGCCCCUGACCUGGGUCAGGUAGCUGGACCGGUCAGGAUGAAACUAACCCGGGGACAACAAUUCAAAAAUAAUCUUUACAAGGUAAUUGCUGAGGUUGGUAUUCGAGAGAAUAUUUACUAUGGAGCAAUAUUCCUCUGUAUGACACUCAUCGUUCUCUUCUGCUUCCUCAUAGUUAACAGAAGAAGUACAUCACAUCUGCUUGGUAAUCCGCAGCCUGUUUAUGAUAUGGAUCAAACCUGUGAGCUGGAUACCAGAUAAUUGGACCUGAAGAACGAGUGUGCCAGGCUAGUGGAAUAUGGUCUAACCAUGAACCAUAUUGUAAGAAACGAGUGUACUGCAAUCAGCCCCCUCUGGUGCAACAUGCAAACCACAAUGGUGCUCCUGACGCUAAACAGUUUGAAUUAGAAUCCGUUCUUCAGUACAGCUGUUUUCCAGGAUAUUUAAUAGUUGGGUUCGCACAUGCUAAAUGUUUUCUCUACAACACCACAGCUCAAUGGUUCGGCCCAGACGUGUCCUGCAAGCCAAUACGCUGUGGAGAGCCUGAAGAUAUUAUGAACGGUGUCCUUGAGAGAAAAUGUCAAACAUUUGGCUGCAGAAUCAGUUAUGCUUGUGAACCUGGAUACGAACUGCAAGGACGAACACACAGAUACUGUCAAGCAGAUGGGUCGUGGAGUCCAAAAUUCCUACCAGAGUGCAAACCUGUUGAAUGUGCAGUUCCCCUGAACCCAACCCAUGGACGAGUUAUGUACAAUUCAAUAUCCUAUAAUUCUCUGAUAUCCUAUGAAUGCAAUUAUGGAUAUAUGAUCAUAGGUGAGACAGUUCGGAGAUGCGAGAGAAAUAGGAACUGGACAGGAUUAGAGCCUAUAUGCAGAGAGAUAAACUGCGGAUCUCCUGGUAUUCUACCCAAUGGUUGGUUAGAAGGAACUAGAACCACCCUCCAUGCUGUUGUUACUUUUAGAUGUCAGGAAGGAAUGACGUUCUCCGGACCCUCCUACAGAACUAUCUGCCAAGCAGACGGCAGAUGGAGUCAUCCGGUUCCAAGAUGCUAUGCCCCGUGUGUAGUUCCCCAUAUAUCCCAUGGAUUUGUCUCGGAUAGAAGUAGUGGCAGCUCGGUGGGACAUAAUCAAACUAUUAAGGUUGAAUGUCUGUCUCAGUUCCAGCCUACCACUAACCGAAGUACAGUGUGCCACAACGGGACGUGGACAACUGUACCGAAGUGUAUCCCAGCUAAGUGUACAGAGCUACCUGACGCACCCCGCAAUGGAAUGGUUGUGGCGCCAAAACUUGAUCACGGAAUGGUCGGAAAAUUUGAAUGCAGGGAUGGAUAUAUGUUGAAAGGGAAUAAUACAACUCAGUGCUUCUUUGGAAAUUGGACUGGAAUGACACCAUGGUGUAAAGAAGUGUACUGUCCUUUCCCUGGGUUCAUAGAUAACGGGAAAAUUUUGUUGGUCGGGAACUCUGGACUCUACGAGUACAGACCAUACGUCAGGAAGAUACAGAAUGGUCGGCAAAUCAUGUUCCAAUGUGACCGUGGAUACAGUAUGAUAGAAGGACCAUCAGGAGCCACCUGUAUAGCUGGACAGUGGUCACCCCCACAAUUACCAAGGUGCACUGAAGGAGUUCAUCCGAAAGUUCGGUGGGCCAGAUCUGUAAACAACAAUCUUGAGACAGAAGAUUCAAAUGAUAAGAUAACAGUUCAUCACUUACAGAUCGAUCAUAAUAAAAAUAAAAAAGUUGGCGUCCGCCAUACUCAGGUGAAAAUUCAACGUGAUUCUGUUGCAAAAAAGGUGCAAAAUUGGCGAAAAGAUGAAAAAAACAUUAAUCUUGCCAAUUUAAAAAACAUGAAACAAACUGAUGCCUCAUCAAAAAGUGCUUUGGUUCAUAAAACCCUAUUUUUUAGACGCCUCCUCACACCAGAUACAUUAUAAGAACAAUAAAGUAAAAGUGAUAUAAUUACAAUGUUUUAAAAUGUCGCCUCAGAUGAGUUACAGUUUAAAUUUUGAGGCAACAUGACUGAUCCUAUGAAUGUAAGAAAAUAUGAAAAGCUAUGAAUAAUGAAUAUGCAUAAUAUAUAUGUUUCUAAGCUGAAAUGCAAUUAGACAGUGAGCAAUAUGAACGCUUUUCGAGGCGAGACAUUUUUGAAUUUCAUAACUUUCCAAAUUAUCGCAAAUACGUUUUGAUAGUGGGAUCUUAAAAACAUUUUUGAAGUUCCCGUUGAAUAGAAAUUGUAAGGCCUUGUACAAUUAACGUUGUUUCCUAGGAUCAUCUGAUCAAUUGAAGUGUCAAAAUAACGGAUUGUGCUAAAUUAUUGCGAUAUCCCAAAAAUUUAACAAAAGUUGCAAUUUACGAUAAAUAUAUCAGUUAACAUA